UUGAAAAUAUUCGUAAUGGAGGUUAUUCAGGAUUAUUAACUUAUUCCUCAAUAUUUUAUCCAAUUGAAACUCCUCAGAUUGGUUUUUGGGAUACAUUAGAUUUUAUUGGUAUGGAUUUUUAUUUACCUCUUCUCAAUAUAACAAACGAUAGUAGCAUACCUUCUUAUCAAGAUAUGAUUGAAUCUUUUUCUGGUUAUUUUCAAUAUUUUAAAUUAUGGCUAAGUAAUCAGUCAUCAAAUGUCAGUUCGAAACCAGUUAUAUUCACAGAAGUUGGAUAUCCAAGUUCAUUGGCUGGACUUGCUAUGCCAUCAUCUACCCCACCUGCUCAAUGUAUUGAUAAUUAUAGUGCAAAUCUUACAUUACAAAAUAUGGCCUUUAAAGCACUUUUUCAAGCUCUUGAUGAGAAUAGUGGAAUAUUUAAUGGAACUAUUAUAUUUUGGUGGGAUAAUCCAUCGUCAAGUGAUUCAUAUAAUGAAAGAGAUUCGAAUAACUGGGGAUGUUCAUGGACAGUUCGUGGUAAACCAGCAGAAUGUACAAUAGCAGAAGCAUUUGGCGGAGAAUGUUCAUCGGAUCGGAGCAGUCCGGCUAACAUUAGUAAUAUAAUAUCAAUGAAUAUAAAACUAUUUCUUUGUAUUAUAUUAUUGUUUGCACUGUACAUAUAA